UCUUCCAAGCAAUUGAGUUGCAUUUAUCGAUCGUGACGGAACAAUGCUCAUUCGAAUUCGAGUGCAGUGAAAAUAUGUUGAAGGCGCGGCUGGAACACGACGCAGUCUUUGGCCGUUGCCUGGCCGUCGCGGAGCCAGUCCAACGCGGGGAUUUACUUGUGGAGGAGCUGCCCUUCGCCUUCGGCCCCAAAAGGGACAGCGGAAUCGUAUGCCUGGGGUGCCACCAGUACCUACAGUUCGGCGAAGAUGGGGACUCCCUGGACCGCUGUGAGCUUUGCGACUGGCCGCUGUGUGGAGUGUGCGCUGGCGGCGAUGAUGACGGCAUCCAUCAUCGGAGCGAAUGCGUCGUAUUCUCUGCUGCUCGCGUCACAUUCGCCGGCAAUGUGAGCGAGGAUGGCGUCUGUACGCAGCUGGAUUGCAUAACACCUUUGAGAGUGUUGCUAGCCAAGGAGGCGAAUCCCAAGCGCUGGGAGGUCGAGGUGGCGCCUAUGGAGCACCACGAGUCGGAGCGUCGCCUCAACGAGGAUGUUUGGCAUGCAGACCUCGUGAAUAUAGCCCAGUAUCUGCGCGGUCCCUGCAAGCUGGCCUCGCGGUUCAGCGAGGAGCUCAUCAUGCAGGUGGUCGGAGUGCUGGAAGUGAACGCCUUUGAGGCGAGAACCGCGAGGGGAUAUCCUCUGAGAUGCCUCUAUCCCUACACGGGUAUUCUGGCCCACAGCUGUGUACCCAACACUGCCAGGAGUAUCUAUCCCAGCGAGGGUUUCAAGAUCCGCUUGCGUGCCAUGGUAGACCUGGACGAUGGACAGCCGUUGCACCACAGUUACACCUACACCCUGGACGGCACUGCCCAGAGACAGACGCACCUGCGAGAGGGAAAAUUCUUUACCUGCAACUGCGAGCGCUGCCUGGAUCCGACGGAACUACAGACUCACUUCUCCAGCCUCAAGUGUGGCCAGUGCGCGGAGGGCUUCCUAGCGCCCAAGCAGCCCACAGAAGUCGACACCAGUUGGAACUGCUGUAGCUGCGGCGCCAGCUCCAGCAACGUGGAUGUGGAGACCACAAUCAAGUCGAUCCAGUCAGAGGUCAGUGGGGUGCAAGCUCUUGAAAUGGGCCCGCAUCGGCUGGAGGAGGCUGAACGACUCCUGCGAAAGUACAAAUCUCUGCUCCAUCCGCUUCACUUCAUUGCCACUGGACUGAGGCAGCUACUCAUCGAGAUGUACGGCCGGGUGCAGCGCUAUGAGAUGGUUCAGCUGUCAGACGAUUUGCUGGAGCGCAAGGCGGAACUUUGUCGUCAGGUGCUCAGCGUUCUCAAUAAAUUCGAGCCAGGCCUGAGUCGCUCCCGGGCCAUGAAUCUGUACGAGCUGCAUGUUCCGCUGGUCCUACUGGCGAAGAGUGGGUUCAUAGCCAGCAAACUGAAUGGCGGUGAGCUGCGGGCCCGUCUCGUCGACGCCAUAGACCUGCUCAAGGAGUGCGUGGAAAUCCUGCACUACGAGGACAAGUGCUCUCAAGAGGGAGUCCUGUGCGAAGUGGCCAAACAGGCACUGAGGCAGCUCACACUGAGUGUCGAGGGAUUGGGCAGUGAACUCGACUGAUGAUUGCUUAUUAGUAUCGGUAGAUUUAUUGGAAAAUGCUCACGAGGAAAAUCUCAAUUCGGUUUCGUGUUACAAUGAAGUAAGUUGAGAGUUUAAGGCGUUGAUGAUGAAAAAAAUCGGUGGAAAUGGAAGGAAAAUAAACUUUAAUAAAAACAAAAGUCAUUGCCUCACA